UCAUUUAGCUCCAAAUAAAUUGUUGUAUUUAGGCCAGAGCGGGGACCAGCCCAAGGACCAGCCCGGGGACCAGCCUGAGCUCGAACAUCAGGAGCAGCCUGGGGACCUGCCCAAGGACCAGCCUGGCAACCAGCAUGAGGACCAGCCCGGGGACCAGCCCAUGGAGCAGCCUGAGCUUCAGCAUGAGGAGCAGCCCGGGGACCACCCUGAAGACCAGCCUGGGGACCUGCCCAAGGACCAGCCUGGCAACCAGCAUGAGGACCAGCCCGGGGACCAGCCAAGGGUCCAGCCCGGGGAACAGCCUGAAGGCAAGCCUGGGGAGCUACCCAGGGACCAGCCUGGGGAUCAGCCUGUGGUCCAGCCCGAGGACGAGGCUGAAGAUCUGCCCGAAAACCAGCUUAGGGACCUGUCCGAGGACCAUGCUGAGGACCAGCCUGGGGACGUGCCCAAAGACGAGCCUGGGGACCUGCCUCAGGACCAGCCUGGGGACGUGCCCAAAGACAAGCCUGACGACCUGCGCGAGGACCAGCCUGGGGACCUUCCUCAAGAAAAGCACAUUGGAGACGCCCGUGUAAUUCGGAGCCUGAUGCCGAACAGCAAAGGCUGUGUAUAUAAAAGCAUCCUGGUAACCUGCCAGGACAGGACAACAGACGUGAUUGAAAAAAUAUUCACCAAAUAUGAUGUGGACCUCAUAGAAGUGGAUAACUUUGAACUUGUGCAGGUCAUCUCCGAGCACAAAGAGCUAGUCUUCCCACAGGGAGCUAAUGUGUUUUACGGGAUGAACAGCCAGUGCAGUACAGACCUCAUCCUGCGAAGAAAGCCCUGUUUAAUUUUCGGCCCAUGGCCCGAUGAGCACAAGAAGAGGAGGCGCCUACCCAGGCUCUUUCGAGGUGGCCGGAGCAGACGCAGACGCCUAGGUUUCUAAGGAAUCCGUGAAUCCCAUUGCCAGGCUGGGGGACACUGGGGCUGGGGGGUUGGGGUGCAGGCAUGGGAGGGAC